AUUGUGAAUUCACUAAGCCCUCAAGAGAUCCAUGCUCAAAUGAUGAAUCCUCAGUCAACAUUCUGGAAGGAGAUGGUGGACUAUCUAGAAAGUGUACAUCAAGGAGAAUUCAUAGAUAAAACAAUGACAGAAGUACAGAAUGAUGUUGCAUAUGCAGCUUCAGAUCCAGACUACAAGGAUCCCACCCAGACCCUGCCAGAAGCUCCCCCAUAUCCUUGUAAUCACCAGCCAGAUGUGAAAUGCCAUAAUUGCACAAAGUGUGAUACUUGGUGGCAAUCAUUUAAGAAUAAUGUCAAUGAUCUACUGUAUAGAUCCAAUAUACAUAGCUGUGGAGAUCACUGUACUGUGAAAGGUGAAUGCAAAGCUAAGUUUCCAAGGCCCUACAAAACAACAGUAGAUGAGAAAGUUGGAUAUAUCAUCCUGAAAAAGCUGGAAACAAGGCUCAAUACAUUUACAACCACACUUACAUAUCUGUUGAGAUCAAAUCCUGAUGUCACUAGUCUUCUUUCAGGGACAGCAUUGAAGUCUGUUGCUGCAUAUGUUACUGAUUACAUUACAGAGACACCAUUGAAGACUUACACUAUCUUCCAGACUAUCUGUGAUGUAUUUAAUUGUCAAACAACCAUGAUUGGAGGUACUCUCAGGGAUCAGGAAAAGGCCAGGAAAUUACCCACUCAGAUAGUGAACUCACUAUCUGUAAGGAUGGAGAUGGGUGCUCCCAUGGCUGCUGCUUAUUUACUAGGAAAUCCUGAUCAUUAUACAAGUCAUCGCUUCCGCACUGUGUAUUGGAAAUCUUAUUCUAGUGAAGUACUCAAGGAUUGGGACAGUACAGAUCUAGAUCAACUUGCAGAAAAUGAUAAUCCUAAUCCCAAGGAUCAAGUGGUUGUGAAGAGAUCUAGGGAGGGUUACACAGCAUACACUCCCAUUAUGGAUUAUAUUUACCGUCCAAAGCCAUUCAAAGAUGUAUGCUUAUAUGACUGGAUACAUCUAUCACGCAAGAAGCUGCUGCCCAAUAUUGCUUCUAACUCUGAUGCAUCCCAGACAGGUACUGCAGUUGAAGCUCAGGAAGACAGUAGGGCGAAAAGUUUGAUCCACAAGACUUGA